GUGUUACAGUACUCGCGUGUUGUAUAUAGUGCAACAUUAAAAUCAUAAAAAUUCGAUUUUUUUUACAAAAAUUGCAUUUUGUGAGACUAUUUAGCCAAUAACACAAUGACAUCACUAAACAUGUCAGUGUUUUCGAAGAUUUCUAAAUUGACACCGAUUAUAACGAAAAAAUUUAUGCGGCCGAUGGAGCAAAUUCGCGCUACUCCAGCCUACGGAAUGAUUAAAGUUCGGCGAUUUGCUAACGAAGAAGCUCCGAAAAAGGAUGAUGAACUUUCGGAAAAUGAGAAGAAACUAACAACCGAAGUCGACAGUCUAAAGAAGGAGACGGAAUCGCUCACUGAAAAGGUUAAAGAACUUGAUGAUAAAUAUAAACGAGCACUGGCAGAUGGGGAAAAUCUACGACGGCGCCUAACAAAGCAAAUCGAAGAUGCAAAGUUAUUUGGAAUCCAGGGUUUCUGCAAGGAUCUUCUCGAUGUUGCCGAUAUAUUGGGCCAUGCAACUGAAGCAGUUCCCAAAGAAGAGAUCACCGAUAAGAACCCUCACUUGAAAAACCUUUACGAAGGACUCACUAUGACUAAGGCCCAGCUUAACCAAGUUUUUAAGCGUCACGGAUUGGAAACGGUCAAUCCUUUGAAUGAAAAAUUCAACCCUAAUCUUCAUGAAGCAUUGUUCCAGCAGGAAGUUCAAAACGUAGAGCCGAACACGGUCGUUGUAGUGAGCAAGAUUGGAUACAAAUUACAUGAGCGUUGUAUACGGCCGGCACUGGUAGGUGUCUCGAAGGGAUAAAUCGGCAACGGAUUUGUUUUCGGAUAAUGUAUAAAUGUACAACUAAAAGAGGAUUCCAAUGUAAUAACAAGUUGCGUCUAUCUGUUUUCUAGAGCCGAACUACAAGAUUUGAUCACUUGAGAAGGCGAAAAAUAAAAAUAUUAAUUGAUUUAAACAAAA